UGGUAUCUGUUGGUUGCCUUUAUCUCUCUGUCCUGGUGAGUGAAAUCUGCUUCUGUCUUACAAAGGUAGCUGAGGAUCUGACAAUAAAAUACCUGCUGUGUUUACCGAAGCCACAUGCUCUGCGGGGAUGGACGUUUUUUGUUAGAAGUUGGUUUUAAGAUAAGGUGCAAACGUUUUUUGUUUUUUGACUAUGUUGGCCGGGCUUAUAAGUGCACAUAAGUUUCCUGCUCUGGACUGGAAAUACUGGCGUUAGUUGUUUCACUCGUCUUGAACUGCGCUCGAAGGACAUAAUGAAUAAUCAAUCAAUGACAGGGAGGACCAUGGUCCCGACCAUUCCGUCUAUUAUGUUCAUUUUCGGGGUGGUUGGGAAUGUCAUCGCCAUCGUGGUUCUUUGUAAAACUCGCAAAGAACAGAAAGAAACCACCUUUUACACUCUGGUGUGUGGACUGGCAAUCACGGACCUGCUGGGCACGCUGCUAGCCAGUCCGGUCACCAUCGCCACAUAUGUGAAAGGAUCCUGGCCCGGAGAGGACCCGCUGUGCCAAUACUUUGGAUUCACUCUGCUUUUCUUCUCUCUGGCGGGACUCAGUAUCAUCUGUGCCAUGUCGGUGGAGAGGUACAUCGCUAUAAACCAUGCCUACUUCUACAAUGACUAUGUGGACCAAAAACUGGCGGGUUUGACUCUCUUAGCGAUCUACAUCUCCAACGCACUUUUCUGCGCUCUGCCGAUUAUCGGCUUCGGACAGGUGAAGAAACAAUACCCGCAAACUUGGUGUUUUUUAGAGUGGAGGAGCAACAAGACCAGCGAUGCCGCCUACUCCUAUAUGUAUGCUGGGUUCAGCUCUCUCCUUAUUCUCGUCACUGUUAUAUGUAACGUGUUGGUGUGCGCGGCUUUGAUUCGGAUGCACCGGCGUUACGUACGCAGGAUGUCUCUGGGAACCGAUCUGGGGCGCAACGUGGACCCGCGGAGGAGAGGACGCAGCUUUGGGCGUCUGGCCGGUGCAGAGAUUCAGAUGGUCAUUCUGCUGAUAGGCACGUCGGCAGUGGUGCUUAUCUGCUCCAUACCACUUGUUGCUCAGGUGUUUUUAAACCAGCUUUAUAAGACUCCAGUGGAACUACGGUUGGACAAAAACCCUGAUCUACGAGCGAUACGCUUUGCCUCCUUCAACCCCAUUCUUGACCCCUGGAUCUACAUCCUGCUCCGCAAGGCUGUUCUCCUCAAGCUCAUCGAGAAAAUCAAGUGCUUAUUUUGCAAGAUAGGAGCACGGAGACAGCAGAGACAGGGAAACUUCAACUGUAUAGAUGCUCAACAACUAUCCUCUGUCACUUUUAAGCGAGACUCAAAUUCUAUGGUUUCCCAUGACCUGCGAGACAUCACCAGCAGCUCCCAGACCUUCCUUUACCUGCCAGAGGGGAGUGAGGUGUACACUGGAAGCUGUCAUAAAGCAGACAGACUCUCUGGUUCACAACCUACAUCGGUCAGAAACUCGCAAGCUUCUUAUUCAUCUGAGCAAGGAAGUGUUGAGGCUCAGAGUAGACAAGGAACAAAUGCAAUCAGGGACCUUUCAGCCCUGCCAUGCCCAAAAGACCCAGCACUUCAGGUGUCAUUAAGCACUGAGACAGUGGAGGAGAAAUGCAUCUGACUUAACUUUAAAUUAGAAGACAGUUCUCAGAUCGCUCUGAGGUAGAUUGUCUACUGACAUGACUUCUCCAAAAGUGAACUCUUAAACUUCUGAAAACUGGGGGGAGGCACAUAAAUAUAAUAAAUGUCAAGUCGGGCACAUGAAGCAGCAAAGAAAAAGAAAAGUGCUGUGAGCUUUAUUGUCCUGUGGUCUUUGUUUCAGCACCCAGCUACCUCAAGUCAUUUCUGUCUCUGACUGUUUGAGCAGAUUCUAUAAUUUCUACAAGAACAGAUGUUGUUCGAACAGAGAUGACCCACUUAUUCAUGACUCAAGUGUCAGUGACGGAAAAGAUACCCUUGCUAAUUUCAGCUACUUUGUUCAAUCGUUGUGGAAAUCUUUACUGUAAACUAGAUGAAGCCAGUAGUUUAGAAUAAUUGAGUCACAAUCUUGUGGUCAAUAUGGUAAAUGAAAACAGUAUUGAAUGUGAUCCGUAUGAGUAAUCACUGGCAUGUGUGCUGCCAUUGUAAGAAUUGAUUUGUUUAACAAACUCUAUUGUGCAGUGCUUUUUGAAGGACAUAUUGUGUUAGUUCCAUGACUAAUAUACAGUGCAGUAUUAUUAUGUGGUGAACACCAACGUUUUUAUUCCUCAGCCCUGGAAUACACACAAAUAUGUCAUCUCAAAUAAUUGUUUUCCAUCUUACAAUGAGGGUACAAAUAUUCCUGUGCCAUAGUUAUUAAUACCAAACUAUUUAAAAUCUGACUGGGAAUGUUGAACGUUUUUUCCGCAGCUCCAAAAAGUGUGGUGUAAAGCAGUGGACAGAUGUUGCUUAAUAUGGAGUUUUAGGAUGAAGAUAUUUAAACACACCUUGAGAAAAAUUGGUGUUUAAAAUGAUCAAUGUUGUGUAAAAUAUUGUUUGUAAUAAAAUUAUUCUUCUCUAAGAGAAGGUUCUAGUUAAUAAAUCGCAACUCUAAAGGGACUAUCUACCCUAAAGAAGUAUUUGUGCUCAUUUAUUAAAUAUAUAACACAUUUAUUUUGGUCAGUACUCAUGAAUCGCUAUCUUCCAGCACUAACAUCCAGACUCAAAUAACUAGACAGCUUAUUUACAACUUCUAAUUAUUAUUUUCGUUCGCAAUUAUUAUUGUUAUUGUUCCUUCUUAAUCAAUUAAUUGCUAAUUGAAGUCAGUCAGAAAAGUGUGAUAAAUAUACCCAUCACAAUUUAUUGAAACAGGUGACAUCUUCAAAUUGUUUGUUUUGUUGAACCAGCCAUUCAAAAUCCAAAUAUAUUUAGUUUACAGUGACAUAAAACAGAGAGAAUCACAAAUAACUAAUAUAUAUAUAUUUUAAUACCUAACAAAAGUUUGGCAUUUUUGCUUAAAAGCGACACAAACAAUUAAUUGCCGGGAGUCGACUUAUUGUUUUGGCUCUAGUAUCAAUUAGACAAAAAAAUCUAAAGUAACGUAAUUCUAAAUCCCUAAAAUGAAAUACUCAAGUCUGUAAAAGUAUUUAUUUUGGAAGGAAUGAUGAUUCAUGUUAUCCUCAGGUCAGUUUUUGGUUCCUUUUCUGUGCCACAUUUUUUCCAGUGGCAGAAUUCUCCUUUUUAACGACUUAUAAUGUUAAAUUGACACCUUCAGCUGCUGUCUUGCCAAACUACAUAAUAGACUGAACUUUUGAACUCUUUCCACUCAAAGGAGCUUUAUGUCUUAAUUUCAGCAGCUUGAAAGCACACAGUCUAUCUCCUUUUCUCUGUUAUUAAAUCGGCUCCAGAUUGUUGCUUAAUGUCCAGGAUUACAUUCUUGCCUUUCUUCUUUCUCUUGCUGCUGUUAAUUUUAGACAAGCUUGUUCGUGUACAUAAAUGCUGAUAAAUUACACCCCUCAAGAAUGUACCGUUUAACGAUAUUUAGUUAAACACAGAGUUUGACACACUAGUGGCCUAUUACACAAUGUCUUUGAGUUAAUUUUUUAAUCCAGACUUAAAAUUAUGCACUUUAUUUUGUAUUUUGUUUAAAUGUGAAAUUAAA